AUGGCGACGCCGAAAAGCAAAGUAAGCAGCAAAAGUAAAAUGGGAAAAACAAGUAUUCCAGCACCACACGAAGGAUGGGGAAAGUUAAGAAGGGAACAAGUAGAACUUUUCCACAACAUUGUAGCGCGAUAUACAUGGAUAACCUUACAAAAUUUUACCGAAACAAGAAACAUGGAUUUUGUCAAAUGGAUGGCAAAAUCACCAGCAGUAGCUAUGCAGGAGUGGCGUUUUAUGUGUCUAAUGUAUGAAAGAUGCUUAGAUUGUUGGCAUGUGGAAAAGAUUUAUAAACCAGAAGACACACCACUCGGGGUGAUGACGUAA